CUAUUAGUGGUGUCAAUGAUGGUCGGCAGGUACGGAGAUCCUUGGACACAGUCGGCAAAAUUCAGUUUGCGAGCUGCUGUGCGUCGAGCAUGACCAAGGCGAAGCGCGCCAAGGCGAACGCAGGACGAUGGUUGCUGCCGCCGAUCGUCCUCCAAGUCGUCCACUAUCUCGAUGAAGCCAGCGACGUCUUGGCCUGUCUACAUGCGGUGCCGAGUGACGCUCGUGACGAGGCCCUCGAUGCACUUGUGACGCUCCUCACACACGACGAGUUCUUGUGGCCGACGGCGGAAGUGGACGUCUUGAUAAAAUUGGACGAGGCGACAGUAAUCAAGGCACUGCCAGCAUUUGGCAAGCUAUUGAUCCACCCGUACAACCCUCGAGUCGGCGACUAUUGCUGCCGCACGCCGCUUCCGCCGACCGCCAAUGUCUACGUGACCGUCGACAACGUGCAUGAUCUCGAAUCCAAGUUUGGCAGCUGGGUACCGAGCAUUGUGCGCCUCGUCUUUAGCGCGGAGUCCACGCCGCUCGAGAGACGUGACCUUGCGCGCGAACUUGCUCCAUGUACUAACCUUCAGGAGCUUUACAUCAAUUGGGACGAUGCCGUUGAUCAAGCGCAGCUGGACGACGUCAUGGCGGCCGUCACUGCCUCGUGCCCGCGCCUUGCCCAUUUGCGCCUCUUCUCCCCGACGGUUGUGAAUCUGAAAUGCUGCAAGAGCCUUCUUCCGUGGCUGUCUCAACCAAAUGCACGUGUGUUCAAGCUCCUCAAAAUCGACUUUGCGCCGCGCGCCGCCAAGGUCAUGGCACACACGCUUCUCUCGUCAACGACGCUCCAAACGAUCAAGCUCUUUGGCUCUUCAAACGUCGUUGACGCGUUUUUUUACCCGAGCUCCCCACCGCUGCCCCGACAACUGCGCAACUUCGCGCUCCAUUUUGGGCUCACCUCGGUCGAUUCAUCGACAAUUGCAGCCAAGCUAUCACAAACGACCAUCCACAGCUUGGAUCUUCGCUUUUCUGAGUUGCGCGACCUCUUGUCCAUCAUGGCCACCUUCCCGCGGACAGUUAGAAGACUCCGCCUCUCGAGUGUCACGAUGGCGACGUUCCCGACGCUACCAAAGCUCCAGGAGCUUGACCUGUGGGCAGUGACCAUGACGAGUGAAGCUGUAGCAAGUUUGUCAGCGCAGCUCGCAGCUUCCGACUCGCUCGUCCGGCUCAACCUCGCAGAGGCAACCUUACCCAACGACCAGCUUGAAACGAUCCUGAGUGUGCUGCCACGCGUGCUCAGUAGCCAGAGACAAGCAUGCUACGUGCACCUUCCCGUUUCGAUCGAGACCGAGAUGCUUGUGACCGCCGUGUUUUUCCUCACGCGAAACACGCAGUCUGUGUGGCUGGACAUGACGGCCGACGACUCGCACGACGUGGCUUUGCGCCAGCGCCUCUUGGCAGCCUUUCGUGCGACGUCGCGCAUGAAAUUGGUCAUUGCGUGCAAUGGCGCGCCACGUCUGGACCGAAACUACGUCGCACAACUUGCGGCGCUGCAUGGCAUCGAGUACUUUGGCGGGUGGUUCCACUCGCCAAGCCGCACGCCGCGGCUGGCACCCGCGUAGUCACUGCUAAAAGUGCAAGUAUUUUGCAUGCUUCUUGUAUAAUGUUUUCCUGCGUGGACGCCGAC